AUGGCACCACCACCAAAACUUGUGUACACGCAAUCAGCACCGACCACGCCUACGAAAUCAACCCAGGGCAAGCCGCACCACGAUGUCAUUGAGAAACUAAACAACGAAUACAAUCUCGGCAUUGAACUACCGGAUGAAACUUCCACCCCCCGGUCUCGAUCGACCCGUGCCAAAUUUGAUAUUGCAUUCGCACGUAACAAGAAGAUUGUUGAGAAUAUUCAGCAUCACUACUAUAUGGAAACCGGCAGUCUCGACAAGAUACUACACUCCUUUCGAUUUGAAGCUCGUGCUGCCAGUCAGAAAUGGUUGCGCUCAACCAGCUGCUACGAUUCAACUUCAGCAACACCAGAGUCACCAAAGGCUACUUCACCGGGUGAGGUCCUGGAACUUCAAACACUUCUAAUCAAUGUCCUCGACAAGGUCGGCCCUCAGGUAAAGGCCAGAAUCUUUGAGCGCACUCAGAGUGGACCCGCAUCGCACGGCUCCUUUGGAGGACUUACACCAAGGCUGAGGUCUACUGAGGGCAAUCCGUCAAACACACCCUUUUCGGCCUCUGCCAAUACGAGUCGAAGUUCGCUCUUCUCUGAGGCAAGCGACCCUCCGAGAAGCACUCAAGAGACGGUCCCAACGCCAACUUUCGAGAAUCAACUGCAAGAUCUAUCACUGCUUGAUCUGGACGAACCAGAUUCAGAUGACACAUCGGCAAGCCAGCCUGUAUCAAGUCUUGAUGGGUUUGAGCUCGUGGAUCUCUACUCACGGCUCGAUGAUAUAUGGCCUAGUUUCCCGCCUUGGUUAGAUGGAGCCCCGUUAACCGUCGCAUGGGAGAUCACUCGAAUUGCCCUACACUGCGAUGUCGAUCUCAGCAAAGUAGUCAUGUCUUAUGACGACACCUGGAUGGACUACAACCAUCUUUGGAGGUCUCUUCAGGCCCAUCCUUCUUUCGUGGGCAAGGCUUUCCCAGAGAGACCCAGUACGGCCGCGUGGACUGCAGGGCUGUGCGACUUCAAGUCUCCUCAAGGACAGCACGUUAUAUUCUCCGCCACCCUCCACCAAACCAAUACCCAAAACUCUGGCCCAGUCUUUUCCCUGAUGAUGCGACCUAUAGCUUUGGACCAGGGCUGCCGUUUGCAUCGCCGAUUUGGCUCCGAUCGCUUCCUAGAUCUCCUCAUUCCAUCUCCGGAUUCUUGGCAAAAGCCUAUCAGCAAUCCUAGCCAGUCACAAGAGAUUAUUCAUUGGCUAUCCUGUCACGCUCAUGAAUUUGUUGGCAGGCAGUGGCAGUCUUUCUAUGCAAAGGAUGCUGGGCACAAGAUGCCGCAGAAGAACGUGGGCUUUGGCCCUGAUCCCAAGCCUGUCUACCAAGACAGGAUCAUCAUGUUUGCGGAGAGCGACAGGGGCGAUGAUGCCGUCAUUUCAAAGGGACUAAGAGCAUUGGACAGCCAUCAUAAACCAUGGCCUAAAAUAUCGACUCAGGACAUGCUUGAUUGGCUCUUACAGUUUGACAGAAACGAGGGACAGUCGUACUUGAAACUGUUUACUCGCAUUCAGCUUGGCCUUAGCAAAACAACUCCAAUACUCGAACUGAAUCAUGAACAAAUUCGUCAUUGCAGUCAAGACAUGCUGUCGCCCAUUGGUAAGGUGAUGAACGAUGGUAUUGGACGAAUGUCACGAUCCCUUGCACGAAUGGUCAGAGACGUGUUGGGACUGGAGGAUACACCGUCUGCUAUCCAAGGACGUCUUGGAUCAGCCAAAGGCAUGUGGAUCAUAGACAUUAAAGAUACCGAAGAUGAUUUGUGGAUAGAGACUUGGCCGUCUCAGCGAAAGUGGGACUGCGAUUUUCAUGACCCAGAACAUCGGACACUGGAAAUUAAAAGCCAUGCCACCCAGCCUCGAUCUGCCAGUCUCAAUAUCCAAUUUCUGCCUGUAUUGGAAGAUCGCGCAAGAAACAAAGAGGCGAUGCGAGAGGCGGUUGGAAACAGCCUUAUUGAUGAACUGAAACAUGAGCUGGAUGAGCAACGUUAUGCCAUGGACUAUCCUGUGCAGUUUCGACAGUGGGUCAACGAAAACUCAUCCAGCAAAUUCCAACGUCUAGCGCAAAACGGCGUUAGCUUUCUGGCUGGCCUGCCAGACUCAAAAGAAGAGGUGAUGAACUUUUUGAUUGACGGUGGUUUCCAGCCGCAGGAGCAAAAGUAUCUGCAAGACGUUGCUUGGCAACUCAGGGAGGCCAGAUGCGAGAAGCUCAAGAAGAAAUUGAACAUCAAGAUCCCCAACUCGGCUAACCUCUAUAUGGUUGUGGAUUUCUGGGGGGUCCUGGAAGAAAACGAAGUCCACAUAUGCUUUUCUUCUAAAUUCCAGACUCAGUCCUUCUCAGAUUCUAUGCUACACGGAUGCGAUGUUCUUGUCGCCCGAUCUCCAGCACACCUCGUGAGCGAUAUACAGAGAGUCAAAGCAGUAUUCAAGCCUGAAUUACACUCACUCAAAGAUGUUAUUGUGUUUUCUGCAAAGGGCAAAGCACCCUUGGCUGAUAAGCUCUCAGGUGGCGACUACGAUGGGGAUAAAGCCUGGGUAUGCUGGGAACCUGCCAUUGUAUCCAACUUUGUCAACGCCAACAUCCAGCCUGGUCCAGAUUUGUCGAAAUACCUCAAACGAAAAAAGGCAACGUAUGGUGACCUUGUGCGACUACACGGCAAAGCAAAUGCUAUUUCCAAUUUUAUCGAAAAGAGCAUCUGCUUUAGCUUGCUCCCUGGCUUCUUGGGAAGGGUUACAAAUUACAAGGAACGACUGUGUUAUCGCAUCAACAGUGUCAACAAUGAGUAUGCGCUAAGGCUGAGCACUCUUCUUGGACAUCUCGUCGAUCAAGCCAAGCAAGGAUACAUGUUUACGGCAAAGGACUGGGAAAAAUUCCAAAGAGAGCUUCUCGAUAGCAAAGAUUUCAAAAUGCUAGACGAGCCUGCAUACAAGCGCGAUAUUUGGUCUUGCAAACGCUGUCCCGAACACAUUAUUGACUACCUCAAGUUUACGGUAGCAAUUCCAACAAUUAAUGAAGAGUUGACAAAAUUCAAAGAUGCGAUGAACUCGAAAGCAGACAUUUCUGGAUAUGACCUCAAGUCUCUCCAGCCGAACGAAAAUGAGGACAAGAAGCAGACGGCAGAGUACUGGGACCCAACUCUUGCAAGGUAUUAUAAAUACUUCAAGCAACUCGCCUUACAAACACCUGCACUGGAGAAGGUUUUGCAAAACCUGUACAAUGACUUGGACGAGAUCAAAGAACAGUGGAGCAUAAGAUUUGCGUCCAAACUAGAAAAGAAAGAUUCACCACGCAUCAUCCUCGAAGUCUAUGAAUUGUGGCGUGCGAUCCAGCCUCGGGAAGACGAAGAGCUAAGUACGCAUCUCACUGCCUUAUUAGAGCAACCGUUUGUAAACGAGAACUAUAACACUUGGGCGUUGUUGCGAGCUAGUACUGCGUUCGUGCGCUGGCACAAGCACAGUAGUAAGUUGCUGUGGCGAAUGGCUGGUAUUCAGCUGCAGUACUUGAAAUCGAUGGAGCCAAGUACGUCAGACAAAAUCCCCGUGACAGUAGUCCCAAGUGUGUAUGCGGCUCUGAAGCCAGACGCAAAGUUUAUCAGGCAGACCAUCUCCAGGAUGAACAACGGUCCGGAAUACCGGUUUGAAUCGGAUACCCAAGAUAGUUUUACGGACGAAGAGUAA